ACAUUCACUUUAACAUAAAUAUACUUCCGGUUAAAUUGAAAACAGAAAAAAUCCGGCGGCAUGGCUGAUGUUUUAGAUUUGCAUGAAAUUGAGGAGGGUGGAGAUGAAUUUGAAGUUGACGAAGAAGGAGAUCAGGGUUUAUUAAAGUUAAAAGAAAAAGCUAAGAAGCGGAAAGGAAGAGGAUUUGGAGCAGAUGGGCCGACACGGAGUGGGGUAGAAGACUAUGAAGCAAUGGACAUAGAUGAAGAAGGAGGACCUGGUCCCCAAAGAUCUGUAGAGGGGUGGAUCCUAUUUGUUACGGGUGUACAUGAAGAGGCUCAAGAAGACGAUGUUCACGACAAAUUCGCUGAUUAUGGCACCAUAAAAAAUAUUCACCUCAAUCUCGACAGACGCACAGGUUUUUUAAAGGGAUAUGCUCUUGUAGAAUAUGAAACCUUUAAAGAGGCGCAGUCAGCAAUGGAUGCAUUAAAUGGAUCAGAAAUCCUUGGCCAGAAGAUCAAUGUAGACUGGUGUUUUGUUCGUGGUCCUAGGAAAGGAAGAGGGAGAAAAGAUGGAAGAAGGCGGUGAAAUACAAAAACUUUUUAGUGAUUUGAGACUCUGCAGCUGCUCUCUUGUUGAGGACUGACAUUUUCGCGUUUGUUUUUAGACAUUAACUAGACUUGUGGGGCUGUCAAGAAACAGGCACACGUUGAUUGUACAAAUGUCGUAUUGUGUAAAACACUUGAGCAGAUAUAUCAUUAAUUUUAACAGAGAUUGUUCAUGUUCAAGUAUUUUAAAAUGUUACAUGAAACUUAAAAUGUAUAAGUAAUGUAGAUUAUUAAUUGCAAAUGGGGAAUCAUCAUCUGUUCAAAUAUCGUCUUACUCAUUUUUUACAUGUAAUUAAAAAAAUGAAAAAAAAC